UACUGCCCCUUUAAAAAGCAAUCUGCUCCUGUGUCCAGUCCUAACCGUUCACCGGCAGCCACGUACGGGAGGCGACUAGCUACCGGUAUUGCUUCUUUUAGCCAAAUAUAACCACUUUGUCGCAACUUUACUGCGGUUUCAAGUACUUUGGAGGACUUUGGAGGAGGAGGAGGAGGCUUGGAGUGAGUGCAGCGGGAAGCGCGAGGCGGGAGGCGGGACAUGAGUGGACUUCACGGUCCUGGACUUCCAGAAAGAACAAGGAUCAAAUCUUAUCUCCCAGCAGACGGACGGCGGCUUGUUGGCGGCAGACCUCAGUUGGACUCGCCGAAAGAGGAGCAAGCUUGUUGGUUCAUUCCCGAAACAAGAGGAAUUGGAUAUAACGAAUGAAAAGUUUGAACGUGGACCGCUAGCUGCUGGACUUCAAUCGGACUUAAAAAAAAAAAAAAAACUAACUUUUUUUUCCCUCUUCAAAAUGGAUAAAUACGAGGAUUUAGGACUGGAGGCAAGUAAGUUCAUCGAGGAUUUAAACAUGUAUGAAGCAUCCAGGGAUGGUUUAUUCAGGAUGAGGAGGGAUGCAGGGAACAACCCUGACUUUGAGGAGACCAGGAAAGUUUUUGCUUCCAAAAUGACUAAAAUCCACAUGCAGAAGCACCAAGAGGAAAUGGCUAAAACCAGCCAGGCUCUAAGAAUGAACGGGGGUCUAAACAACACGUACUACACCAAAGACAGGCCUCCUAUCAAUAGCUCCAGGCAGCCUGGGGAAGCUGCUGCAAAGCCGCCUAUGUUGUCUGCUCCUUUGCCUUCGCCACCGCCGCUUGAGAGUCAGAGGAACCAGUCUGAACCUCCAGCCUGCAGGCCAUAUGGCUACGGAAACAAUUACGAUACCAAGGAGCGCUCGGAGCCACAUUCGUACCAGAACAACUCCCCUCCUGCUGUCAGCCCAGGAAACCAUUUUCAUAGUGCUCCUUGGGCCUCAUCCAGAGAAGGUUCCCCAUCUUUGUCUGAGGGCAGUGGUGCGUCUUCACACCGGCGCCGGUCUCCAUCUCCGACCAUGAUCAGUCUUCUGCAGAGCCAGGAUGUCCCCCUGUCCAUUAACAGGAGUCCACCAGACCUGAUUCCCUCGCUGCCUCUCAGCGCCUUCACUGGAACCGCCAUUCAGUCUUCUACUCACUAUGCAGCGCCACCUUCUCCAUCUUCAAGAACCAGCCAGAAUGGUCCUGUGGUCGCUUGUGAAACACCUCAGACCAAAGUCCAGGUCACAUCUGCGGCCAUAAACCCCAGUAAUGUCUCCAAAAGCUUCAGCCAGAGUCAAGCUCCGAGUCAUAUUGCCAGCUUUGGGAAGGCUGUUGGUGCUGAAGCAUCUUCCUUCAAGCCUGCAGAUCAGGGCUUCUCAGCAGCUGAAGCACAACUAGAGGCCCUCACUAAAAAUCUGGAGAAGGACAUGGAUACUCAACACAAGGCUGACUAUUUUGGGGUGUGCGUAAAGUGCAACAAGGCGGUGUAUGGAGCCAACCAGGCCUGCCAGGCAAUGGGGAGCCUCUACCAUGACAACUGCUUCACCUGCAGCGCCUGCAGUCGAAGGCUGAGAGGAAAGGCCUUCUACUUCGUCGGAGGGAAGGUUUUCUGUGAAGAAGACUUUCUGUAUUCAGGUUUCCAGCAGUCAGCAGACAAGUGCAACGCGUGUGGUCACCUGAUAAUGGACAUGAUCCUGCAGGCCCUCGGGAGGUCAUAUCACCCGGGCUGUUUUCGUUGUGUUAUCUGUAAUGAGAGUCUUGACGGCGUUCCCUUUACUGUGGACACUGAGAAUAAGAUAUACUGUGUUAAAGAUUACCACAGGGUCCUAGCGCCUAAAUGUGCUGCAUGCAACCAGCCCAUCCUUCCAUCCGAGCAGGGCUCUGAUGAAACAGUGCGUGUUGUGUCCAUGGACAAAGACUAUCACGUGGAAUGCUAUCACUGCGAGGACUGCAAAAUGGAGCUGAAUGACGAGGAGGGUCACCGCUGCUACCCUCUGAACGGACACCUUCUCUGCCACUCCUGCCAUCUCAAGCACAUCGAGCCAGGCAGCUCCUCCUCUAUGGCCAGCAGCACCUCCUUUUAACACGCACUGUCGCGUGGGGGAAGAGAGACACCUGGUGGACGUUUUGGGGAACUGUCACAAGUGGUGGGUGGGGCACAAUUCUUGUUGUAGAGGAUUGGUUGUUUGAUGUCUGGUGUUGUGAGAGUUGGUUUUGUAAAGCCUUUAAGAGACCUGGUAACGAAGUAAUAUUGCAGCAAACAUAUUUUAAAAAAAAAGCAAAAAAAAAGCAAACUUAUUUU